UUAUAAAGCACCAGCAGCAGCUGCCGCAGCCAGAAGAUAAUUUGAGUUGCUAUUACUUUCCUGAGCCAUCUCCAAGAGUCGAAAAUGCAGAGACCUACAGUGUGUCAGAGACCUACUUCGUGCCACCUUACUAAUAAGGAUGUGGAGUAUGUGAAUUCUGAAUAUGGGAAGAACGCAGUGAGACUGCUGUAUAUUAGACGAGAGGGCACGACUCACUGCAUCAAAGAACUGGAAGUCUCUGUGCAUAUAAGGCUGAACACCGUCAACGAAUUCUUGAAUUCUGACAACAGUCAAGUGAUCCCCACAGACACCAUAAAGAAUACAAUCCAAGCUUUGGCCAAAUGCCGAGGGAUCAGAACAAUAGAGGAGUUUGGCCUUGAUAUCUGUGAACACUUCCUUACAAAUUUUUGCCACGUGAUAUACUGCAAUGCCUUCAUCCAAGAAGUACCAUGGCAACGCCUAGAAAAGGAUGGUGUCGCCCACGUCCACGCUUUUCUCUACAGCUCAGAAGGGGUUCGGUUUUGUGAAGUGGAACGAACUCUGGAAGGUAAUCCGAUUGUUUUUUCUGGCAUUAAGGACCUGAAACUUAUGAAAACAACCCAGUCUGGAUUUCAAGGCUUCUUCAAGGAUAAAUACACCACACUUCCGGAAAGAAGAGAUCGAGUGCUGUCAAUAGAAACACUGAUCAAGUGGUGCUAUGGAGAAGGCGCAGACUGUCUGGACUACGACUGCAUAUGGAGAACUGCCCAUGAGUGUGCCCUCGAUGCCUUUGCUGGGCCGCCUGAAACAGGCCACUACUCGCCUUCUUACCAAAAGACAGUCAACUGCAUCCAGACCUACAUCCUGGAUAGACUCCCCCAGAUUGAGGAAGUGGAAGUGAUCAUGUCCAACAUCCACUAUUCUGUGACGGAUCUAGAAAAACUGGGACUGUGCAACGACAAGGAGAUCUUGACACCUCAGGAUACACCCUUUGGGGCUUGUGCAUCUACGCUGCGCAGGAAGAAGGACUGCCCAGGGACAUACCAGCAACGCCCCGUCGCAUGUAAACCCCGUUACUCCGUUGGAUUUAAGUCCUGCAGUGGGAUGAACUAAGCACCCGGCGGCUUCCUAGAUCUUCGCAUCUGGCAAAACUGAUCUCCUAUCAGCUUGCUUAAUUUACUCCACACUUUCCAUAGCUUUGUGUGUACAUGUGAGCAACAUUUUCAAGGUGGUAUAAAGGAAAUUGAACACUGACACCACCGUGAUUUUCUUUUUUUGCUUCUUUUGAAAAUCAAAACAAAACAAAACAAAAAAUUUCAAAGCAGCCCCCUAGAGUUCAAGGAUUUUUCAGGCCUCCCAUAUGAAU